UCAGCCCCUCCCUUCUGCGAGCCGCCCUUUCACAUUGGCAACCGCGGCGCGACGGCUGCGCGCGCGGGCUGGGCGCGACGGGUGGGGCCGGGCGGUGCCGGUGCGGGCUGGGUCAAUGCGUGAGUAGCGGUCUUGGGGUGUGCGACUUCGCUGCGCCUCUUCGCACGGUUCGUUGUCGCGAGUUCGGGCCCAGCGGGCUUAGCCCCUCGCCAUGGACGCCCAGAAAAGACAGUGUUUUGCCAUGUUGUCCAGGCUAGUCUCGAACUACUGGGCUAGAAACGAUUGGCAUACCUUGGCCUCCCAAAGUGCUGGGAUUACAGACAUGAGCUAUCACAUCUGAUCUGAAGUUGUUUUUUGCUAGGAAGCUCUACAAAGGAUCAUUUCAACUCUGGCAAAUAAAAAUGAUGAAAUUCAGAACUUUAUUGAUACACUAAAUCAUACACUAAAAGGAGUUCAGGAAAAUUCAUCUAACAUACUCUCAGAGUUAGAUGAAGAAUUUGAUAGUUUAUACUCUAUACUGGAUGAAGUGAAAGAAAGUAUGAUUAACAGUAUCAAGCAGGAACAAGCUCGUAAAUCCCAAGAGUUACAGAGUCAGAUUAGUCAAUGUAAUAAUGCCCUGGAGAACUCUGAAGAACUACUAGAAUUUGCAACAAGGUCAUUAGAUAUAAAGGAACCUGAAGAAUUUUCAAAGGCUGCCAGACAGAUCAAGGAUAGAGUCACAAUGGCUUCAGCCUUUCGCCUUUCUUUGAAACCCAAGGUCAGUGACAACAUGACUCAUUUAAUGGUGGAUUUCUCACAGGAAAGACAAAUGCUGCAAACUUUGAAGUUUUUGCCAGUCCCCAAAGCUCCAGAGAUAGAUCCAGUCGAGUGUUUGGUGGCAGAUAACUCUGUAACAGUAGCUUGGAGAAUGCCAGAAGAAGAUAAUAAGAUUGACCAUUUUAUACUGGAACAUAGGAAGACUAAUUUUGAUGGACUUCCACGUGUGAAGGAUGAGCGAUGCUGGGAGAUAAUUGAUAAUAUUAAGGGUACUGAAUAUACACUAUCAGGCUUAAAAUUUGAUUCAAAGUAUAUGAAUUUCAGAGUACGAGCUUGUAACAAGGCUGUGGCUGGAGAGUAUUCUGAUCCAGUGACUCUAGAGACCAAAGCACUUAACUUCAAUUUGGAUAACUCUUCAUCCCAUUUGAACUUGAAAGUUGAAGAUACCUGUGUAGAGUGGGAUCCUACUGGAGGAAAAGGCCAAGAAAGUAAAAUUAAAGGAAAAGAGAACAAGGGCAGUGUCCAUGUUACUUCACUGAAGAAACACACAAGAAGUGGUACACCAUCCCCAAAACGAACAUCUGUAGGCUCCAGGCCACCAGCAGUAAGAGGCAGUAGAGAUCGUUUUACUGGAGAAUCAUACACAGUGCUGGGAGACACUGCUAUUGAAAGUGGACAACAUUAUUGGGAAGUCAAGGCCCAGAAGGAUUGUAAAUCCUACAGUGUAGGAGUAGCAUACAAAACGUUGGGGAAAUUUGACCAGUUGGGAAAGACAAACACUAGUUGGUGUAUCCAUGUCAACAACUGGCUACAAAACACAUUUUCAGCAAAGCAUAAUAAUAAAGUCAAAGCUUUGGAUGUUACUGUUCCUGAAAAAAUAGGUGUAUUUUGUGAUUUUGAUGGGGGUCAACUUUCAUUCUAUGAUGCAAACUCGAAACAGUUGCUAUAUUCCUUUAAGACAAAAUUUACUCAGCCACUAUUACCUGGUUUCAUGGUAUGGUGUGGUGGACUUUCUUUGAGUACUGGGAUGCAGGUUCCAAGUGCUGUGAGAACACUUCAGAAAAGUGAAAAUGGAAUGACUGGUUCAGCUAGCAGCCUGAACAAUCUUGUUACUCAAUAAUGCCUAAUCAGAAUACGUUUACCCUCCCUCUUGAUUGGGUGGCCUUUUCUGUGCAGUUACUAAUCACAGGAAUUUGUGAGUAGUGAAAAUCAGGUUUGCUGUGUUCUGCUUUGAGGCCCGGAAUCUGUUAUCAUUAAACACAAAGUGUGAAGCAUUUGCAGGAACCUACUGUGCAGUAUCAUAGAAGCAAGCAGAUACCAAGGAAGAAACUAAUGAUUGAAGAGUAAACGGAGGGAAAGGCAGUGUUUAAUUACCAUAAAAAGUCAUUUUUGUAUUUCUUGGAUUACUUUGAUUCUUCUAAUAUGUUUAAUUACAUAUGCAACCCUUAGUCCUGGGGAGAAAAGCUUUUACGUCUUGCCUUCUUUCUUCUGUACUUUGUCUUUUUUAAAAAUCCCGUUACUACUUAUUAUUUAGUUCUUACACAGAAGCUUUAAAAAUACAGUCUUCUGAAGUUUUCUAAAAAUUGAAAUCAUAUGUUGGGAAUGAUGAAAAUGUUUUCAAAUGGUUUAUUUUUCCUCUUUUUAAAAUAAGUUUUACAAAAUUAUCCUCUUUUGUUUAUUUACUAGAUUGUAUAUAAUUUUCUUUUUUCCAAAAUAUUGUGAUAAGUUUCUAAACACAACAGUUUAAUCUUACCUUUAGUAGUUUGGUAAAAUUCCCACUUGAAUGUGGCACUAACUGGUAAUAAUUAUGCUGAUUUUUAACAUCUCUAAUAGGAAUGAAAGUUUAUUAAAGUUACAUAGCGUAUUGAAAAACAUACUACUCAAUUUUUAUCUAAGAAGGAUAGGUUAUAAAAGGAGGUACCUAAAUACUCAAAGUAUAUAUUCUUUUGAAUAACAUAUGGAAUGUUUUAAGCAAUUGUUUUGAAAAAAAUCUGCAUAUCUUUGACUUAAUUGGCACAUAGGUUUUUCAAGCAACCAUUCAUUCAGAGGUUAGUUUUCUCUCUGUCCUUUGCUACAUUUUCUUGUUAAAGAAAUGUUAAUUAUUCCAAAAAUUGACAUAGAUGUCUUUCCCAAACUUGGAGUAAAACCCAUGGUUAUUAAGCAGAACAUAACUAUUCUUAAAAAGUCAAUUGUAAUUUGUAAUUCACAUCCUUUGAGCCAAACUAAAAGUUAAAAUGACAGUAUUUAAUGAUUCCUUGGGCAUUUUUAAGAGGUCUGAAUUUGUUUUUUCUUAAUUUUGAAACUUUUCAUUUUUCUUGUUGUCUUUUUUUCAUUCUCAUUUUAAAUAUAUUGUGCUAUGAUAACCUUCCUCCAAGGAUUGACCAUUACUGCCUACAUUUGGGUUGCUUUCUACAUAAAAACCUGUGUAAUAGUAUUAAUAAUAGCUCAUUCUCUCUAAAAAUUUACUGCUAGCCAGGUGCAGUGGCUCAAGCCUGUAAUCCCAGCACUUUGGGAGACCGAGACGGGCGGAUCACCAGGUCAAGAGAUUGAGACCAUCCUGGCCAACAUGGUGAAACCCCAUCUCUACUAAAAAUACAAAAAUUAGCUGGGUGUGGUGGCGUGCGCCUGUAUUCCCAGCUACUGGGGAAGCUGAGACAGGAGAAUUGCUUGAACCCGGGAGGCGGAGGUUGCAGUGAGCCUAGAUUGUGCCACUACACUCAAGCCUGGCGCCUGGCAACAGAGCAAGACUCUGUCUCAAAAAAAAUAAAAAUUUACUGCUUACUGAUAGGAUGUUUUGUUUCCUUGAUAAAACAAAUGUAAAUGAGGAGUUUUAUUUGAAUUGGAAUAUUGUUUUUCCAGAGGACAUUAAUAUCUACACUAUUAUCUAAUGACAUGUUGGUAAUUUUAAAAACUGCAAAGCAGUUAGAGAAUAAAGUAUGCCAAUAGGUAUUCUUUUGAUUCUCCAAGGAAAUAUAACUUUAGUUUUUGUUCCUCAUAGAGAGUUUGAAAGAAAUUUUCAGAUGUUCUGUUUCCUGUAGAGGGGCUAUUCCAGGAUCUAAGUAAAUGGAAAUUUAUAAUGCCCUUCAUAGACUCAAACCUGAAAGCAGAAAUUUUUAGUAGUUGAGUGGCUUUAAGUGAAAUUUAGCAAAUAUGACACAGAAAAGUUCAGAUGCUCUUGUAUAAAAUUCUUUACUACUGUCUUACAUAAUUGUUUCUUCUCCUUAAUUCAGUGCCUUUUUCCUCUAAGCAUACUCUUGGUCCCUGACCCAUGCAGUGUCAACUGAUGUUUAAGCUACAGGGCAUUAUGUUAAAGUGGUGAGGGCCCUCUGCUGCAGGGGCAUGGGGAAAAGCAUAUAUGAAUCAAGGGCUGGAGGAGUGUACAUGAUUCUUGUGUUCCUGUUGUCAUUUGAAACUCUUCGCUUAAAAUUUUCUAAUAUUCGUUUGGAAAACCUCUCCAGUGGAGAGGUUUCAACUCUUAAGAGGCUUUGUAGUAAUAGUAUAAGUUCAGUAAAUCCAGAGUCCAAAUUCUCAUCACAUGUAUUACUUGAUAUAAAUUAUGAAGUUAUUAACUUCAAAAUAAGAAUCUGAGGAUUUCUUCUUACUGUCUUUCUUAAAAGUCUCUAAAAUUAAAGAACAAGAUGUGUGGGGUUUUUUGUUUAUGAUGUUUUUAUUUUAUUUUAUUUGUUGUUAAGUUAAACUGAAAAAAGUUUGUCAUCCUCAUUCCAAACUAAAAACUAAUCAAAUAUAGUGCCUAUUUAAAUAAUCUUAAGGUAACUAUUAACCAUAAUAUAUAAUAUUCUCAUUGACAUUUGAAUUUAAAAAUAUUGAGCUCUUGCUCAGUUUAAAACAUUGUAGAAAAUAUUAAACCCUUUGAAACAUCUUUUGUUGCUUAUUUAGGUUUUGUUUCCACAGGUCAAACAUGAUUGCUUUCUAUAAAAGAAAUGCUUGAGAGGUUGACUAUAAUGGAUAUAUCACAGGUGUAAAACAGUUGUUUUAUAAAAACAUGGAUUUAGUAUUGCAUUUCUCUUUUAGCAACUGAAUUCCAAACUACUUUUAUUAAACUGGAUAUAGAAAUGAAGGAGCUGCCUUAAGCACUGUAGAAAAGAGUUUUUGACAAUUCCUUUUGUCUCUCAUGGCUGACCAUGUCACAUUAUAUCUUUAAAUUUUGGUAAAUAUGUAGAUACCAAGCAUUAAUAACUAAUGCAUAGAGAAAUUUAAUAUACAGCAAUUAUUUGAAUGUCCCAGGUAUAAGGUAAACUAAUUGUAAGUAUUAAGGACAUGCCUGUCUAUACAUGGGUUGCAUUGAUGGCAUCUGUAUCAUCUUGACAAAUCGUGAACUACUGCUAUACAGCUAGACUUGGCCUAUUUACUCUUUUCUGCAAACAGUAAUUCUUUUAAAAGAGACAUACUGAUUUGCUGUUAUUUACUUAUUUAUGAAAUUAAAGCAUGAAUAAUAUCAUGUUUAAUUUGAAUUUUUUGUGACUGAUCCUUGGUGGUAUAAAUAGUAAAAGUGAAUGUAAUGGAAUCUUUUAAUUAGGCUAAGAUAUGCUAUUUCAUGACUAGAAUGAUUAAUUUUUCUUUAUAUACUUUGUCCAUAAAAUUAUAAUUGCUUAAGUAAUUUUGUUGUUUCUUAUGGAAACAAUUGGAAAAGUAUAUGGAAAAUGAUUAUUUCAAAGAGUAUUCAUUUAAAGAGGAAAGUGUAGACUUCUUACUAUAAAAUAUGUGAUUCCAGGCUUAAGAAAUUAAUUAUAUUUUAAAAUAAUUAUUUUUUAAAACGUGAUUUGUUUUUAAAAGAUCAGUCUCCAUUCAUUAGCUAAUUCAUACAACAAAUUUGAGUGUUUGUGAUAUGGCAGUAAAGAUGUGAUGAUUACUUUGUAUGCACAUUAACCAAAACCAAUGAAGUUUGAUGUACUGUGCAUAUAGUUUUGCAGCUUUUUGAGUAGUGUGACAGAGUUUGCAUCUUAAAAAUGUUUUACUAAUAAGUCAGAAGUUUAAAAUGUCUUAUAGUUUGCUAGAAAAAAUCAAAUUAACUGCAUAUAAAUGGUUCACUUUUAUAUAGUCACAUUUAAUGAGUCUGAAAAAGUUUCUUCUUUGAUUUUGUGUUUACUCUUAGAUAUAUUCUUUUAGGGAAGUGUAUGGUCAACAUAAAUUUACUCAGUAUACAGAUAAUCAUAAAGUUGUUAUUUUUAACCAAAAUACACAUUUCGUAAUGUUGGCAUUGGAGUAUUAUAAGCGAUCAUGAAUGUUUCCUGAAUGAUCAUGGCAAGAUUACCUCGCAUUCAGCAUAGUUUAGUUUUAUGUGUCUCUUACAGUAUGCACAUUCUGCAGUUAUUUAUGAUCCUGAUAUGUCACAUAUAAUAGCUUUGUUACCUGGAGUAUUUGAUUAACCUAAACAAUUUAAGCAUUUUAAAUUAGUUACAAUUGAGUUUAAACUGAUUACAUUUGGUUUAUGUUGUCUUCAUUGAAAAGAUACUGUUGGACAUGCCAUAUCAAAGUUAGUAUUCACUUAUAAAUAAAUACCAGAAUUUGCCAGAGUACACUUUUCUAUUCAGAUGACUCAAUUAUUAAAUAAAAGAAUAUUAUUUCUGGGUGAAUAUAAGGUACUGACUUCUGAUUCAUAAUCAUUUAAGCUAAGUGAGUUUAAACUGAUACCUUUUCUUAGUGGUACCCAUUCAAUGUAAGCUGGUCCAUGGGAAUGGACAUGUAGAGGAUUUCACAGUAUGUAAGGCAGAAGGCAGGUGAAUGUGUUUGCUUUGGCCUGGAGCUUAUUCAGUUUUGCUAGUAUUAAAAUAAUUCAAAUAGUAAGUGGUAAAACACAUUUUUGUUAGUAUUGGAACUUUUUGGAGAACAUAAGGGCCAUGAGAAUGCAUGAUUUUUAACAUUUCCUAUAUAUCUAAUGUACCAAAGCACUGAGUCUAAUUUACCUAUUAAGGGAGACUCUUUAAAAUCAACUUUAUAACUAAUUCAUACUGUAAGACAGAUAACAGCUAAAGUUUUGAAAUAAUUUAUAUUAAAAUCCACAAGUCUUAAAAAUCCCUGGAUAUGAUAUAAAAAGGAUUUUGGCUUCUUUAUUGCAGUAUUUAAAAUUAAUCACCUUAGCUCUACCAUAUACUAGAUCUAUGACCUCUACAUAAUCCUUUAUCAUCUUUGGGCCUCUAUUGCCUUAUUUAUAAAAUAACUAUAAGUUGUACAGCCUACCUCACAGGGCUGUUGUGAGGAAUAAAAUGAAAUGGAGUAUGUGAAAUUGCUUCAGCAGCAGUAAAGUGCUAUGUAAAUGUAAAGUGUUCUUUUUGGAUAAUAAUGGAUAUUUAAGUGUUUGAAUAAUUCUAGAUUGCAUUUAGUUUGAUAAAGCAUGUGCUUAACGUGGUAUCACCAGUGAUUUCAAACAUGACUUAAAAAAUAAAAGAAAACCCCAAUUAAAAUGCUCGUUAAUAUUCAUUUAGUUUGUGCAUGAUUUGUGGCCUCUCUAUAUUUUCUCAAGCUUAUUUUGCUAGAGCUAUAAAAGCUCUUUCACAGCAUUGGUGUGUCAGUGUAGAAUAGUGGCAUAAAUAAACAAAUGGAUUAAGCUACAUUUCCUUGCAGGCAUUUGCACUUUGAAGUUGGGGCUGCUCAGUGCCACAUGCAAAGAGUGAAUUUGGUCUAAAAAUUCUUUCCAAACAACCAAAUGGCUGGGCAGUUUGUUGUCACUGGGUAAAUGAUAUAAAAUGUAACCAUGGAACAUUUGACAACUUCAUUGCAUUGUUAUUUUAAAAAAAAAGAAUGAAGCAUUUCAAAACCUUGUUAGUUUAUCUGGAUAUCUCUUGGUAUCUCUCCUGACAUAAUUGGUUUUGCUUUAAAUUGGAUUAAAUGGUUUACAGGUUAUCUGAAUCUACAGAUUUAGUAUGUCUAUUAUUUGGACAUGGUUUUGCUAUGCAGUUGUGAUAAUAAAAAUUCUAAUUCCUCAGGUUUAGCCUUUAUGUUAUGAAUGAAGACCUUUAAUGAACUACUUAUGAUGUACUCAGUGCUGCACAAUAGUAUUUUAAUAAGCACGUUGCCUCAUUUUCCUUAGAAACAAGACAAAGCCUUUUUUAAAUGUUUUUUUAAAUUUAAAAUAGGAUAUUCAAAGUGGAGUAACUUGUAUUUUGAAAUGAUUUUAUGUUCUGUAUAGAAUGUCCCACUUAAGAUUUUACAGAAGCAUCUGGAAUAUCUCAUUAAAAUUUUAAAAACAUUUUUCCUGCUUUCUUUUGCUUCAUUGCUUGAUUUUUUUCAAGUAUAAAUACAAUAUGCUGUUGGGGAUGAGAAUAUAAAAAAAAGUCAUAGUUCCUUUGCCUAAAAAGCUUAACAUUUUAGAACAGUACUGUUCAACAGAAUUUUAUGCAAUUAUGAAAAGUUAUUUGUGCAGUCCAAUACAAUAGUGACUAGCCGUAGGCGGCUACUGAGCACUUUAAAUAUGGCUAGUGUACUAAGCAAAUGAAUUCUUAACUUUAAUUAAUUUAAACAUAAAGAGUUUCAUAUUGCUCAUAGUCACUGUGUUGAGCAGUGUACCUACAGAUGGAAAAUGCAACAUGCUGUAUAAGUAACUAUAAUAUACUUAGGAAUUUGGUUUCUUUGGAUCUUGCCGUGUGUUGGGUUACAUUUUGGUAAAUGGUAACUAAGAGAAUCAGAACCUAAACCUUUUUAAAAUUCCUGUUCUAACUUGAAAGCAGUUUAGAUGAAAAACAAAAAUCAGUGAGACUGAAGCUCCUGUAACUAAGAAGUUAUGUAAGAAGAAUGAAAGGAGACUGGAUAGUCUCAAGUCACAGGAAGAAGAAUGAACGAAGAUUGAGAAACCACUAUAGAAGAUGGAAAGUGAACGGCUGCAUUUCUGGAGAACAAUUUUAGCAACACCAAGAUUUUUAAAUGCACAUAAUCGUUAAUUUCUAAGUAUUUCUCUUACAUAUAUAGUCACAAAAAAGCCAAUAUUCAUUGCAGGAUUACCAUAGCAAAUAGUAGCAACCUAAUUAUUAAUUGAAGACGUACACAUGUGAAUGGCCUUAGAGGUAAAUUCCUUUUCCUUUUUUGGUAGCAAGGCAAAGAACUGGUUAAAAAGGCCUAAGUUGCCUCAACAAAAGAAUAUGAUAACAGAAUUUUGAAGGCUCCCCUUUUCUAACUUGCUGCAGUAACAAAUUACCAUUAUUAAGUUGUGGUCUAGAUAUUAUAUAUUCUGCACAUUCCCCUCCCCCAAUAAAUGUUAUAUAGACCAUUAUGACAGUUGGCUUACUUAACUGAAGCCUUUUCCUUGGUAUACCAGCCCAAUUUUGCCUGGCUGGGAUUUCUGUGGCAUAAGAGCUCAGGCUAUUAUGUGCACUCUACUUUUCUGCCCAAACUUUUCCUUACUAAACUCCAUUUUACACUUACAGUGCAUGGUACUUGUAUUUUUUGUUUGUUUUUGCACAAGGUCAGCACAACAGCAGAUAGUUAGACUGUGGUAUUUCCAUGAGCUCUUACACAGCUGUUAAAGGACAUGCUGUUAAUAGAAGUGUAUUUAACCGUGAGAUGAUUAAACAGAAAGUCAUCGAGCAAUAUAUAGAGUAUGAUACCAUGAGUGUGUGCAUGCAUUUAUGCUUGGGUAAGAGGGGACCCUGACCUGAUCCCCACACACUUGCUGUGCCUCUCUUCAUGGGGUGAAAAACUGAGCCAAGAGAUUAUACCUACUUGGAAUGCAUAUUCCCUUACCCUCUUCUAUACUAUGUUGUUGAAACAGUCUUUCAUUGCCUGAGAUAACACCCUGAUUUCUUGUCCUACCUCCAAGACGAUUAUGGAUUGUGGACACAAAGGUGAGGUUAGAACAAAAGUUUAGUAAGUGAAAGAAGAAAGCUCUCUGCCAGCAGAGAAGGGGUCCUGAAUGGGAGUACCCACCAUGAGGCUGGAGUCCAGGGUUUUUAUGAACAGAAGGGGACAGCCCACAGACUAAAGAAUAUGCUUAGUCUGUGGGCUAUCUUGGUGAACGUGUGACUCAGCUUGGCCUGGGACCAGUCAGGAGCUGAAAUGAUGAUUCAUAGAUGCUGCGUAGCCUGGCCCAGGAACUAUCAGAAGCUGGAGUGAAAGUUUGGCCCGGGACCAAUCGGGUUGAGGUGAUGAUGCAUAGAAUCCAGUCUUAGAGUCCUAAUAAAGGAAAGUAGACUACCCACUGGAACCUACUGGAUCCCAUUGUGCCCAUACCUACAAAAGGAAAAGAAACUUUCCUGGGAACCUGCUGACUGUAGGAAGGACAAAGUCAUUUCUAUGCCAGGCCUUGUUCCUUUAUCUGAGUGAGCUGGAGGUUUGUGCAAGUUUUUAUCCAAAUGGGCUGUAGGUUUUUCUAUCUGUGCAGCCAUGGGCAUGCCUCCAGGCACAACACCCUGUGCUAGUUCCCUUGUUGGUGCCUGCAGCUUGAGUUUUUUCCCAGGCUGUUUUAUGUUAUGGGAUGGAGCACUGACCCAUGGGCCGAGGGUUCUCCGGAACCCUUCCCUUGUUACCUACCUAAGGCAAGCUAACUAAUCUGAUCCCCACACUCUUGCUAUGCCUUUCUUCAUGGGAUGAAAAAUUGAGGAGCCAAGAGAUUACACCUACUUGGAAUGCAUGUUCCUUCACUGACUUCUAUACUGUUAUCAGAUAGCCAGGACCCCAGAAUUUCUUGCCCAGUCAGCUUGAAGCUUGCCUCCAGCAUACGUGCAGUUAUCUUGUCCAAAUCCAUCCUGAUAAAAGACUACUACAGAUGCAUAUACCCCUAUGGCUGGCAGUUUGUGGGAAGUGCAGAUGAAGCUUUUUAUGCAGACUGAGUUGUCCACAUGCAUGCAUGACAGGCCCCUUGUGGCAGGCUGAAGCUAGAAGUAAAAAGAGAUCCAGGGGCUCAGGGAAGGGCAGGCCAACCUACUGUCACUUUCUGGUACACAUCUGAAGAAUCUGCAAAUUGCAUAUUUGAAUCUAGAUUUCUGUUCCCUGAGAAUAAAUACGUGUUGAAGUAGAAGAGUAUAACAUUUUAUUUGUUGGUUAACACUCAGCUGUUUAGACACUGAAAAUACGUCAGGGUUGGCUUCCAUUUGUAUUCUUGCCCCAGACCCUGCAAAUGUUAGGAGUGGGCCAGGGUGCUUGGAUGUGUGCAGAGCUGAGUGGUUUAUAGAAUAUGAAUAUUUACUUAUAAGGGAGGCUGUUUUACGAAUCCUUAUACCCCCUCUUUCAACUGAAUUUGCUAACUAGAUUAAAGCAUACUGACUGACGUUUGCCAUGAGCUGAGGGCUCACAUUUGACCUCUCAGUAUGCUUGAGAAGUAGCACUGCCCCCAGUUGAGUUGUAUAUUUACCUUCAGUUCUGUUUGUUCGAAAACGUGCCUAUGCAGGUGGCAGUCAUAGUUGUAAUUAUGUAAGUAUGUAAACCAAUUAUAUAAUGUAAAUAUAUAAAUAUGAAAUGAGUAUGAAAAGUUACUUAUAAGGAAAGUGGGGGAACCAUUAUAGAUGAAGUGUUUAAAAAACUGCUGAUAAGUUAGUUGUGGCCAAAAUAAUUGCGAGCGAUGGGGAAGAUUUUUGUUUAAAAAUUCCCGGACUCCACAUUGAUCUUCCUUCACUUGUGUCUUUAAAUUCCUCAUCCAUUUUACAGAAACAGAAACAAGAAAUGAUGGAUGAUGCAUUAUGUCUGUGGUUUUGUAAGAAAAACAGUGAGAUACUCCAAUCAGUUGGUCCAUACUUAAUAUGAACUUAGUUCAAAUCAGAUUGGCCAUUGUAACCCUGUACUGAAACUGCUUUUUAAAAGAUUUAUUCAGAACUAGAUUUGUUAUACACUUGAAAAGUAUUUACUUCUAAGAACCUGAUAAUUUCUCCCUUUCCCUGUUACUUUUAAUUUCCAAGUAUAUACAGAAAAGUAAAAAGCCAGUGCUUUGUGCUCAUCACCUAGGUUAUCAAUUGUUAAUUUUGCCAUGUUUUGUGCCAUCUAUUUUGUUUUAAAAUGUCACCUGUAAGUAUGCUAGAUGCAUCAAUGAUGGCUUUUUAAAAACAGCCACAUUCUGUUAACAUUCUUAGCCAAAUUAACAGUAAUUCUGUACUAUUAUCUAAUGGAUCAGUCAAUACUAAAAUUUCAGUUGUCUCAAAAACAUCUUUUUACGGUUAGCUUGUUCAAAUCAGGAUUCAGUCAGGGUCCACACAUUGUACUUCAUUACACCCCUUAAAUAUUUGAGUUUUGUGUAGCUCCUUCUGCUUUUAAAUGCCAUUGAUUAAAAAACGGAGGCAUUUGUCUUGUAGAACGUCCUGUUUUCUGAAUUUAACUGGUUGCUUCUCUAUAUCCUGUGUUAGAUCUAGAGUUUGAGUAAAUGCAGGUUCAAUUUUUAGGCAAGAAUCCUUCACAGGUGUGGCUGCAUACUUUCCAUCGCAUCAGGAAGUACAUAAUAUAUGCUUGUCCCAAACUUAGUGAGAUUAAGAUUCAUCAAUGGGUUCAGGUGGUGCCAGUCUAUUAUGAAGUUCCCCAUCAACCUUUCACCUUAAUUUUAGCAUCUAUUGAUGUUGCCCUUUCUAUUAUUUCAUUAGAAAUUGCAAAAUCAUGAUUGUUUUAUCAUUCUCCAUUUAUUACCUGGAAUUCUUAUAAGCAUUUUGGUUACACUGAAAAUCAGUUCAUAUACAAGAAAGGCAGGAUAAAUGCCUGAUGUUUUCCCUUUAUCAGGUUUCAGAAUAUUUAAUCUUUAACCUGGCAAUCUUCAAUCAUGACUGAAUUUUAUUUUUUAAGGAUCCAUUGGAAACUCCAGAAUUUUUAUAUUUUAUGUGUUUCAAUCAAUAGCAGGUAUGCGAUGCUCAAAUUUUCCCAUGUUCCAUCACAUUAGCACCUCUGUUAAUACCAUUAGGCUUUGAUAACUUCUUUCCUCUUGAUGCAACCUACUUUUUUAAAAAAAUUAACCUACCGAGUACCAGUUCUGAGUGUGUUGGAUAGAACUUCUACAGUAAGCUUGUAUGUACGAAGGAAUGAUUUGACAAGGAGAAACAAAACGUUGGUAAAAGUGAUAACCUCUAGGAAAUGAGGAAGACUUCCUUUUUUCUGUAUUGAUAGAAUUUUUAAAAAACAAAGCUUAGAAAACAAAUAUAUGACGAAAGUAUUUUCCGUUUUGUAGAAAUAAAUUAUUACAGUAACUGGUUUAAUGCUUUAUGGUUUUAAAAAAUUUAUAACAAGAUUAAUAACUGAGCCUUAACAACAAUCUUUUGGAUUUUUGUUAAUAAAAAUCCACCGUUAAAAGUUAACCAAGGUGGGAAGAUCGCUUGAGGCCAGGAGUUUGAGACCAGCCUGGGCAACAGGGUGAGGACCCCCGCUCCCUCCUCUGUUAGUCCCCAACGUCUCUACAAAAAAAAUAAAAAAGAAAAUAAAAAAGUUAAAGAAUUAGGUCCAAAAUUGUAUCCAGCCUGAAACUGGAGGGCAACAGGCCGCUGGAUCUUGGAUGUCAUAAAGGCACCUCAGCUCCAUGAGCUGCUGCUAUUUUCCACUCUAUCCCCUAUCUCUACUAAUUGUAUCCAAACCAAAAUUCAGGGAGUUAUGCUGAAUCCCUCUCAGCGAAGCACACGCACUAAAAAAUCAUUCGCGUAUCAGAAGCUCACAUUUAAUGAGCAUUCUUAUCUAAACUCAUACGCUUUGGAAAACAGCUCAGCUGCCACCUCCAGUUCAUCGUCCGCUGCCGAAAAGUUUUGAGAAUUUUCUUAAAAUCUGAGACUGCCUCAGUGCGGUGCUGUAGUUGUUAAUUAGACAAGAGAUAAGAGGGCUUUGGCAAAGUGUCUAGAUUCUAAAAGCGAGGAAUCGCCAGGGCUCAGUAAAUUUCUGGCGGUGAAGAUGCGACACGAGCCACAGACAAGCCGAGGCGGGCACUGGACCGUGGGAAUCUCCCGGCUGGAACUCAGCCAGCCUCCGCGGCUCAGCACUUGACGGCCGCUUUUGCAGUGAUUGCUGUGAAUGCCGUAAAGCGGAGCGGCUGCAACUGCUGUUGAGUGGAGGUAACGUAUGGGAGUCUCAGCUCCGUAGUUGGGGAUAGGUGGGCGCCUUCAAACAGGUGCCGCUGGUGGCUCGGGUGCCCUUACCGGACAUCCUCCAGUAUUCUGGGCACCUGCCUACCCCUUGGCGGGGAGGCCGGCCACAGGCUGAGUGCGCUCCGGGCUGGGUACCCCUCAGUCAGUCCACGAGCAUUGCGUGGUAGACUUCCACUUGGCCAGUCCUUCCCACACUUCUGGGAUCAG